AUGAAUGCAGUGAUUCUUGAUUCGGUCAAAAUUGACCUAAAUAUUGUAUUGGAUAAAAUUGAAUCACUUUCUAAUAAUAUUAAAUCUAUUGAGAAAUCUAUUGGUUUUUGCUCUGAUUCGAUUGAUGAUUUAAACGUUAAGCUAGAAGAAGCUGUUAAAAAGAUUUCUGAUAUAGAAAAUAAAAUGCUUAGAUACGAACAUAAAUGUAAUAAAUUAGAAAAAGAAGUCAAUAUUCUCAAGGCAGUAAUCAACAAUAAUGAACAAUUAAUGCUCUCUAAUAAAAUAGAGAUUUCUGGUAUUCCAAAAACUGCCAAUGAAAAUAUUACUGAGGUUGUCAAAACAUUAGCACAAUCAUUAAAGUGUGACGUUCAAGAUUGUGAUAUCAUUGACGCUUUUAGAGGUAAAGCAUACAAGAACAUGGACGGUAAAAUUUAUACACACCUAAUUUCAAAAAAUAUCAAAGAAUUGUUUGUUAAAAACAUAAAACUACGAUACAAAAAUAAUAAUCCAUUAUUAGCUAAUGAAAUUCAUAGGAAUUUCCCGGAAAACAAAAUAUUUAUUAACGAUCAAUUAACCAGUCAUAAUAAGAAAUUAUUAUGGUUUUCUAAGGAAGUCGCAAAAAACUAUAAUUACAAGUAUACCUGGGCAAAUAUGAGAGGGAUUUUCAUGCGAAAAGGAGAAGGAGAUCAAGUCAUCAAAAUUCAUAACCUUGAAACUUUGCAAAAAAUGGAUCAAAACAAAAAGAUAUCUGAGCUAUGGGACAGUAGCAGUGUUGACUUGAAAUAA